UGGUGUGUUGCAGUAGCAAAGUCUUGCGAUUACAAGUAAUAUACAGUUACUUUUGAAUUCGUUUAGUGAAAGUCACAAAACACAAAACAAGCAACAGUAUGUCAAGCCAAAUGUUCACCAUCAUUUGCUCCGCCCUCCUUUUGAUCGCUGCAGCGCAUUUCAGCAACGCCAUGGCUGUGCCACCAUUCUGUCAGUCGGGCAUGGUAGAAGAUAUGCCAUCACACAUACAAAAAGUCUGCUCGGCACUCAACAACUCGGAACAAUUGGCUACAGCACUAAAAUCCUAUCUGAAUAGUGAGGCUGCAGCUUUAUUAACCGAUCAAGCACCUCUUAAGCGCUCCGAUGUUGAUCACGUUUUCUUGCGUUUCGGCAAAAGGCGUUAAAUACCACAACAACAACCAAACACCACAGAGAUAAACCAACAAUCGACCGUUAAAAGGACUCUUUGAUUUGCAAUACAUACAUACAUAUUUACGCACGACCGCCAUGUGAUUAUCCAUCAAAAAUGAACGACCACACAGAAUAUAUAUACAUUUGGAAUUACUUAAAAUUAUAAUCUAAAAAUGGAAAAUUUUAUUUAAAUUAAUUUUAAUUUUAGUAAAAAAAAAUUAAAAUAUUUAAUAAAAAUAAUAAUGACAAAAAUAUGUAUAGAAAAACUACGUGCAUAAGUAUAAAGUAAAACGAAAAUUUGCAUUCUACUUGCAAUAUGUAAUAUGCAAAAACACUUUAAAAUAAUAUAUGAAAUGUGUAAAAAUAUUUUGUAUGUAUGUAUAAUACAAAUUCUUAAGUUGAUCUCUUUAUAAAUAUAUUUACACUUUUCUGUAUUUGUACAUCUGGAGUAUAUGUAAAUAUGCAUGUAAGCGUUUGCAAUGGAAGCUUGUAAAAAAUACGAAAUAAGAAAACAUUAAAAUUUUAAAAGUAAA